CUGGCACCGGCCGUGAGACUAAGGAAAGUAUCAGGCGGCGUUUGAGUUUCGGAGAGGCCGAAGCGUGCCGUGGUCGCCACCGAACUGGAAGUAGCUGUCGGAGUCAUCAUGAGUAGCGAUGGGGAAGCGGUUGUGCUCGUUGCUGCUGCAAGGACCCCGGUUGGAUCCUUCAAUGGUACGUUGUCUACCUUGCAUGCCCAUGAGCUUGGUUCUGUAGCUGUGAAGGAAGUCUUGAAGAGGGCAAAUGUCAAGCCUGAAGAAGUAUCUGAAGUUAUAUUUGGACAAGUCUUGGCAGCAGGUGCUGGUCAAAAUCCUGCUCGACAAGCCAGUGUUGGUGCAGGGAUUCCAUAUGAGGUACCAGCUUGGAGCUGCCAAAUGAUAUGUGGUUCGGGUCUAAAAGCUGUAUGCCUAGGAGCUCAGUCCAUUAUGACAGGAGAGUCCAGUGUUGUGGUGGCUGGAGGCAUGGAAAACAUGAGUAAGGCACCCCACAUCAUUCAUAUGCGCAAUGGCAUGAAGAUGGGAGAUGCCUGUUUGCAGGACAGUAUUACCCUAGAUGGUUUGACAGAUGCCUUUUACCACUACCACAUGGGUAUAACUGCUGAAAAUGUGGCCAAGCAAUGGAAAGUCAGUCGAGAGGAGCAAGACCAGCUGGCUUUAAACUCACAAUACAAGGCUGAAAAUGCUCAGAAGGCAGGCUUUUUUGAGAAAGAGAUUGUCCCUGUUCUUGUUCCUUCCAGAAAAGGUCCUAUUGAAGUUAAAGCAGAUGAGCACCCCCGCCAUGGUAGUAACUUAGAAGCAGUGGCAAAACUGAAGCCUGCCUUUUUGACUGAUGGAACAGGAACUGUGACUGCAGGAAAUGCUUCAGGUAUAAAUGAUGGUGCUGCAGCUGUAAUUCUCAUGAAAAAAGUAGAAGCACUAAGACGAGGUCUUACACCUUUGGCACAUAUUGUGUCUUGGGCGCAAGCAGGUGUAGACCCUUCUGUAAUGGGAAUGGGACCUGUCCCAGCCAUAAAGAAAGCGGUUGAAAAAGCAGGGUGGACAAUGGACCAAGUGGACUUGUUUGAAAUUAAUGAGGCCUUUGCUUCACUAGGUGUAGCAAUAACAAGGGAGCUAAAAUUGAACCCUGAAAAGGUUAAUGUUGAAGGUGGGGCUGUUGCCCUUGGUCAUCCCCUGGGAGCAUCUGGAUGUCGCAUCCUUGUUACUCUAGUGCAUGCACUGGAGCGAAGAGGGAAAAAGCGGGGAGUUGCUGCCUUGUGCAUAGGAGGAGGGAUGGGCAUAGCUAUGUGUGUAGAAAGAUAGCAAACCUUUCCUUAUUUCUGAACUAAUGUAUAUCAUGCCUUGAAUUCA